AUGGCAAAGUUCCCUACUCAUCCAACCGGCCCACAUACAUUGUUGAACGAUUGGCUACAUCGUCUUAGCAUUCCCCCACCAGUCACAAACCAGGCAGUUCACAGCCGUUAUGUUGAAAUGCUGCUGGAGACAGAAAGAAUUCCCUUACUUCAUAAUUUGAUUGCUUCGGUGUCUACUUGGCUCCUGCUGGCAGGUUAUUUAGUCUUUCCAGGGACAUUUGUGACCUUGCGUGAAUCUCAUUUGGUCGCACAGAUGGCUGGCAAAAGCGAAGCUGCGACCUUGAUGACCCAUGCGAUUAAUAAUCCUCCUCUGCUCGCAUUAGCCACCAUCUCCUGUACAUUGGGCACAGUGGGCUGCGGAUGGCUAUGGUGGCGGUGGCGCACCAACUAUAUUUGGCCGCCGCAGAGAAUAUUUCUACCAGCGCUGCUGCAUUCUACUAUGGGUUUUGUCAAUACGAUUCUCAAUGUCUAUACGGCUCGGCAUGGAACAUGGUCCAUAAUGGCAAUUGUAUCAACUGCAGUGUCGGGCUCUUUUACAGUCACCACAUCGGUUAUAUAUAUUAUUAUCCAGUGUUAUAUUCUUCGCAGAAUCAAGCGCGAGCAUCAAUCUGUUGUUGAAGGUAUUUCUCCGGUAGCGCCACGGCCCGAAAGUUCUAGUGGAACAAGUAGUUGUGAAUCGCUCCGAAGUGAAGUGGUUACAGAACAGUAA